AUUCGCUUUCAGAAUGCUCUUCUUCAACCAGAACCUCCUCUUGUGUGUGGUUCUUCUGGUGACAAUCUUCGCAACUGUAUCUGCAAACAUCGGUGAUGAUUUCCUGAUUGGAGGAAAUGAUCAAAAUAUUGGUGACACCGUCGACGGCUCAAGAUACAAGCGUUCACCAAACCCACAAAUUGAUUACUGGGAUAUUUGGGGAUGAAUUCACAUUUGAUUACGAAUAAAGUAUGAGCAUUUCAA